GCUGACUGUGUCUGCGGUGGUCGUGCCGUUAUGCAUCCCGCGUUUGUAUGUCCCCCUCGAUCCAGAAGAGCCGAUGACCCCACACCCGGAGCAGACGGCGUCGAUCCUGUCCCUGAUACUGUACGGAUGGAUGGAUGCGACUGUAUGGAAGGCGUAUCGGCAGUCUCACACGAAGCUCGAUGACCUUCCCCCGCUCGCAGACUACGACCACGCCAAAAACCUCGUCAACAGGGCCUUCCCGCAUUUGGACCCCUUCCAGACGCCUAAGAGACGACACUUCUUCUGGGGAUUAAUGCGCGUUUUCAGGAAGGAAUACGCGGUCCUCGGUCUGAUGUUGGCAUCGCGAUCCGUGGCGUACCUUGCGAGCCCCGUCGGCGUGAAUCGUCUGCUCAACUAUCUCGAACAAGGCGGCGAGGGUCUGACCGUGCGACCCUGGGUGUGGAUUGCUCUGCUCUUCAUCGGGCCGACGGUGGGCACGUUUGCCUUCCAGUGGUACGUCUACACCGUGACAAGAGUGACGGUGCGCGCGAAGGCGCUGAUCACCCAGCUCGUAUUCGAGCACGCGCUGCGUGUCCGGAUGAAGGCCGAGACGGCGGACGCGAAGUCUGCUAGUGCCCCAUCGACGCCGGGGAAGACGCCGGAUACCGCCUCGCUCGCGGAGCCUGUGUCCGCGGCGGGCACAGCUGAGCCGGACAGCGACAGCGAGGAAACUACCCUACGCGGUUCGAGCACCGCCGGGUCCGCUGCCAGCACCAAGAAGGGUGAUGAGAGUACGAGCAAGGAGUCGUCUGGCGGUGCGUCGAACCUGGUUGGGCGGAUCAACAACCUCGUCACGACGGAUAUGCAAACGAUUGACCAAGGGCGGGACUUCAUCUUCGUGUUCGUCGAGGUUCCGACACAGCUCGCUCUGUGCACCUGGUUUUUAUAUGUUGUCCUAGGCUGGAGUGCUCUGGUCGGGAUGGCGGUCAUGGGCUUAAUGCUCCCGAUCCCGGGUUACAUCGCCAGCUUUGUCCACGGCUUGCAAGAGAAGAAGAUGGCAAAGGUACAUACUCGGUCGCUCGGCGUGGUCCGGAUGAUCAAACUCUUCGGAUGGGAGCCCCGCAUGGCUGAACAGGUCGCAGAGAAGAGGGAAGAAGAAUUGGGCGUCAUCAGAAGUCUGCGGAUGCGCGAGUUCCUGAUGAAUUACAUGAAGUCAGUCAGCUCCUGUCAUGUUGUGGUGCUCACGACUGAAACGAUCGUCAUGAAGCAGACGUUGACGGGUAUGAUUACGCUAAUCCAUAUGCCAGUCUUCGAAACGCUCCGUAACGAGAUGUACCAGACAUUUGGGAUGAUCCCAUUCAUCAUACAAGGUUGGGAAAUGACGCCGACGCCGCAGAGACGUGUGUUCAGGCUGCUCAUCGAAGACGAGCUCGUGUUCAAACGUGGUUGUGUCAACUUGAUUCUUGGGCCCACAGGCUCGGGAAGACUUCCAUACUUUAUUCUUACUGCAUGUGCAGGCGAGAUGCAUUACAUCCCGAAUGGCCCGGAUUCGUACGUGAACCUUCCGCGGACGGACGGUGUUGCAUACUCUGCCCAGGAAUCCUGGGUGCAGAACGAGACUGUCAGGGAGCGAUACAACAAGGUGCGGUUGACCCGCGAUUUGGAGCUUCUGGAUGCUGGGGAUCUCACUGAAGUCGGAGAAAAGGGCUUGACUCUUAGGUAUGCCUGUCAGGCGCGCAUCACGCUAGCUCGUGCGAUCUACUCUUCGGCCGAGAUAUUACUUUUGGACGACGUCCUAGCCGCUCUCGACCAAAUGCUUCAAGGGGAUCUUGUUCGUGGACGUACAAUUAUCCUGGUGACACACAACGUUGCGAUCACUCGACCGAUAGCAGACUUUGUCGUGUCCCUCGGCACAGAUGGUCGUGUUCACAGUCAGGGCUCGCUUUCCUCCGCGCUGCAAGCUGUCGACGAACUCGCAGCAGAACAGGCGAAGGCAAUGCAAGGUCAAGUCGAAGAAGAGGUUGACGCCCCUACUCCCGACAAUGGCGAGAAAGAGAAGAAAGGAAAGCUUGUCUGGAGGAAGAAGUUUCAUCAAGCUGUUCUUGGUGCGUUGGGCGGCCGUCAUCCACUAAUAUUCUGGUUCGCUUGCCUGGGCUGCUACGUAACCUGCGAGAUCGUCAGCACAUUCCAGGUUUGGUUCCUCGGCAUGUGGACACGUCAGUAUGAGGAGAUGCCUCCUGAGAAGGUAUCUGUGGCCUUCUACGUGACCUCAUACGCACUCAUCCAAGCGUUGACCAUCGCACUCUUCUCUACUUCGUAUAUCAUCUACAUCAUUGGAUCCCUGAGGGCGUGGCUAGACAUGACGCCCGCAUCUCGCAUCAUAACACGUUGCACACAAGACAUCCAAGCCAUUGACAACCAAGUCGUGGACUACUUCUUCUGGUGGUUGGAGCAAAGCGGGACUAUGAUUACGAGGCUAGGAGCUGUGGUCAUCAUGUCGCCGCUCAUGCUUAUACCCGGUUCGACCAUCUUCAUCCUCGCUGCACUUUGCGGCUAUCUGUACAUCAAUACUCAGCUCAGUACUAAACGCGAAAUGAGCCUGGCUCAGGCACCAGUCCUCGGUCAUUUCGGGGCUGCUAUGGCAGGACUGGGUACACAAGAAUCCUACACGCGCAUCGACAAGUUUACUAGGGCUGCUCGGUCCUUCUAUGUCUUGUAUCAGUGGAUAGCAAUCCGUGUCGACGCAUUGGCAGCACUGUUCACAACAGGCCUAGGGAUCUACCUCAUCUACGGCCCACCACAGAACCCUUCUGCCAUCGGUUUCUCCCUCAACAUGGCAGUGCAAUUUAGCAGUCUGAUCAUAUGGUGGAUCAAGCUUUCCAACGAGCUUCAGAUCAGUGGUACCUUGGAACGGAUACAACAAUACUUGUCAGUCGAGCAGGAGCCAAAGGCCACCACGACAGGGGUGCCUCCUGCUUAUUGGCCAGCGAGCGGCACAUUGAGGGUGGAGAAACUAUCUGCUCGGUACUCACCCGAUGGUCCUCGUGUGCUGCAUGCGAUAUCGUUUGAAGUGAGGUCUGGCGAACGCGUAGGGAUUGUGGGCCGAACUGGCAGCGGGAAGAGCUCCCUGACAUUAGCCCUACUCCGAUGCAUUCUCACGGAAGGGAAAGUUUUCUACGACGGGGUAGCCACCGACACGCUGAACUUGGAUGCACUUCGCUCAAAGAUCACGAUCAUCCCGCAAUCACCCGAGCUUUUGAGCGGCACCUUACGAGAGAAUCUCGAUCCGUUCCAUGAACACGACGACGCUGUGCUGAACGACGCGCUGCGUGCAGCGGGGCUGUUCUCUUUGCAGAAAGAAAGCGAUGAUGGAAAGAUUACGCUGGACAGCCAGAUUGCAAGUGGUGGAGGCAACCUUUCAGUAGGCCAGCGACAAAUCCUUGCGUUGGCGAGAGCCAUCGUGCGUCAGAGCAAGCUUCUGAUUUUGGACGAAGCGGCUUCCUAUCUAGACUACGAGACCGACACAGUGAUUCAAGCCUCAUUACGCGGUGAACUAAGAAAAGAUAUCACUCUGCUCACGAUUGCGCACCGCCUCCAAACGAUUAUGGACAGCGACAAGAUCAUGGUUCUCGAUGCUGGUCGUAUCGUUGAGUACGGCCCACCGAGUGAGCUGCUGAAGAUCGAAGACGGAUUGCUGCGCUCCUUGAUCAAUGAGAGCGCAGACAAGGAACAUUUGCUCGCGUUAGCUACCGGCAAGAACGCUUCAACGUCCUCCUGAGGGUGCUAGAAAGAGUUUGAGGCAUAGACUCGUGCGUUUCCGACUGGAUAAAUUGCUUGAUCUAGUGAUAUACGUAUCAGGACUCAGGGUAUGAGGCAGACGGCAACGGCCUCAUGUCUGUUCGAGUCGGUAUUUCCGUGUCAUACCAUCUUGGAUAAGCAUAGUAUCCGUAGAGCUCUGUGAUGUUGCCUUAGCACUGUAUGCAGGACUGUAGACGUAAUUAUUAAUCUAUAGACGUAUUGUGACUA